GACAGGACUUUGGUCCAUUCUCAUAAAAUCAUGAUAGUCUUGUCUACACCUACUUCGCUACCACCAGCCUUCCAGCCGCUUGUGGCUGAUGACCACGACAGGCCAUCUGGAAGAGCUAGAGCUCCCCGUUCUUACACAGAUGAAUAUGACAGCAAUCUCCCUCCGGAAUCGACGGACGACGAAAACAACUCUGAUGACCCGGACUACCUGCCCAUCGUGGACGAACCUACCACCCUGGCCGUAUCCUCCCCCAAAGGCAAACCACGACCCCAGUCCAAGCCGCGAUCACGAUCACAAUCCCGGGCUCGCGAAUUGAGCACACCCGCUAUAGGAGAAAAGCGGUAUAUUUGCGAGGAGGAGGGGUGUGGGAAGAGUUUCGCCAAACCGGCCAAGUUAAAGGAACAUGCGCUUUCUCAUACGGGCGAGCGCCCCUUCACCUGCCCACACCCUACAUGCAUGUCAUCAUAUACCCGUCUAAACCACCUACAACGACACUUACUCACCCAUAAAGAUCCCGAAUCUAAGGAAUUCGAGUGUCAAGAGGAAGGAUGCGGGAAGAAAUUUUGGACAAGGGAAAAGUUGAAGCGACAUGAGUUGACCCAUCUGGAAUGUCCGCACUGCCAAUCGACCUUUCACAAACAUACCAAGCUCCGUACCCACGUCCUUGAUGUACACAGGGAUCAGGCGGACGAUGAGCCUAGGUUCAGACCGUUCAAAUGCCAAGUGGAAGGAUGCGAGUGGUCGUUUGAGACGGCUCAGAGACUGAAGAUGCACGGCAAGGUUCAUCAAUCCAAACGGUACACGUGCUCGCACCGGGAUCAUACGGAUAGUCUACCUUCCUUCUCGAAAUGGUCGGAUUUGCAAGCGCAUAUCAAGACGGAACAUCCCCCUGUCUGUCCGUACGAGGCUUGUCAUGGUCGAGCGUUCAAGAGUAACAAGAACCUGAGAGAACACGUCAAGGUGCAUAUCGAUCGUGGAGACAUCCUUGGUACGAAUCCGUCUUCUUCCUCCCGACAUUCUCCUAGCCCCGCGCCUGCCCCUGGACGUACAACCCGCGCAUCGUCCGAAGCUGCUGUAUCAAGGGGUAGGAAACGGACCCGAGAUCCAGAUUAUGUCGACCUCGAUGAAGACUCAGAACGGCAUACGAGAAGGUUGAAACGUACCGAGAGUGAUGUGGGAAAAAAUUGGAUGUGCAACGAGCCAGAGUGUGAUAAACAGUUCAAGACGAAACGGGCUCUGGCGGUACAUCACUCGACAGCACAUCUAGGCCUUCGGCCAUUCGCAUGUCCUCACGCCGAAUGUGGGAACGCAUACGGCCAUAAACACUUGCUUCAACGACACAUCGCCGCUCGGCAUCGAGAAUCCUCAGUCUCGAUCGGGUCAGAGGCUGCUGCAGGACCUACAUCGAUACCGGUUGCGGAUCUGCCCAAAUUCCUCGUACAACCACCGAAACCUGAACCGAGCGGAGGGAGCUUGUUGACGGGCAUGCACGCGCUGCAAAAAAUGGCCAAUAAGGCGCUCGCUUGUCCUUGCACCUCGGUCGAGCUCGGAAAUGAGGGCGAGCGGUGUCAACAGCGUUUCGGAAGGGUCUACGAUGUCAAGCGACAUGUGAGGAAGAUUCAUGGGCUGGAGCUGUCCGAGAGUGAGGUCAGGUUGAUGUUG